AUGAAGACUCAAGCAAUCUUGCUGUCCGUCUGUGGCAUCACCGCCUUGGCUGCAGCUGGUACCCCUGGCAGCGAUGGCAUGAAGCCCACAGGUGCCACUGUCACCAUCUUCUCUCCUCAACCUUCUGACAACUCUUCCCUCCUUCUCGCAAAGAGACCAGCUCUCGAGAAGAAAUCCGACGAUGACGACGACUGUGUUCCCGGCUCCAUCUCGCCACUCGAGCUCACUUGCGAGGACUUCAGCGAAGACGUCAAGUGUCACAGGGAUUCCUUCUUGGACAACCCUUUCGGUGAACGCCAGUUCACCUACGUCGCUUGUAUCCAAGAUUGUCGUAAGCGCAGUGGCUUGAACCUUUACAUCUACUACAAGGACAGGUAUCUGGAUAUGUCGCAGGAGGAGUACGACGAGUGGGUCAGAAAUGGGGCUGAUUCCAAGACUGCUACUUCCGCUGCUGCUGCUUCUACGAUCACGGAGGCUGCUGCUACUGUUACGGUGUGGACGAACUUGGCUACGACUAACCAACCUUCUCCUUCCAUCAAGCCUGAGACUAAGACUACGAGCGAGGUUGCAGCUAACACUACAAAGUGGGAUGACAAGGUCAAGUCUACUGGCUUCCAGACGAGCUUCAGGACCGUCUCUUCUUCGGCUCCUCAUGCUUCUUCUUCUGUUCUUCUCAACUCUACCAUCGUCGAAAGAGAAGUCCAAGGUGACAAUCACGAUAAUCACCACUGCAACAACGAUUCAGUGCAGAGACGGUGCCGCUACAAAGCCUCUUUCCACGUCUUCGACAAGGAAAAGCACUACAACCGCUGCAUCCAGAAAUGCGUCCGCAAGCACAAUGGUGACAACUACGGUCAACCUGAAGAAGAAGGCGAUGCUCUGCUCACCAAGAGAUCGGAAGCUGUUGAUGAGGCAAUCACCGCUCAGAAUGUCACAGAAGUCAACCUUGCAACCACGGAAGCCGGAGAUGAAAGAGGUCCUUGCGACGUCGGCACUUGGGCCAACGCAUGGUGCAAUGCCAAAUCUAGCUGGCACUGGCACCGUCAGAAGGCAUACGAGAAGUGUAUUGACCAGUGCCUCAGAGAUCACAGAAGUGAUGCCGUGAUCACCAAGAGAUCUGACAACGAGACCGCUGACAACAACACUACUCUCGACACUCCCAAACUCGCCAGCGCGUCCGUCUCUCUGAGCAAGAGAAAUGACUUCCCCUACAACGGUCAACUCGGCGAAGCCAACGACAACGACAACCACCACUGCAACAACACGUGGGUUCAAAUCAAAUGUAGUGCCAAGACCAUGUGGUUCUUCUGGGCUUAUAGAAAGCACUUCUUCGGAUGUAUUGCCGAGUGUGUCGCUGAGCGCAACGGUGACAACUGGACAGAGGAAGACGCUGGGUGCGAUGGUGAGGGACAGGUAACACUGUAG